UACAACUCCGACGGCUAUCGAUCCGAGGAGAUCUGCAGAUCGGACCAUAUUUGUGGGAAUAUUCUCUCUCUUCAGGUGAAGAACACAGACGGAGGCUUGUUGAGCUUAUGCAGUGUCCACCUUCAAGCAGGUGUUUGCUGUGCACGGGCUAACCGUCCGUUGAAGUCCUGUGCACAAAGCGUCGAGCUUUAAAAAGGUUGGUAGCUACGUUCUCCUUCUCAAUAAUCAGCUCCAGAUAAUUUCUACACUUGUGCUGUUGGUCUGCGGUCAUGAUGCUCAGUCUCCCAGUACUGCUAUGGGUCUUGGCGGUUGUGGUGGAAUCAGCACCACUACUCCGGGCACGCGAUUCCGAUCUCGUUGCAACUCGAUGCCCGGACUUCUGCGCCGGAACCAAUUCGACCAAAGAUGAGACUGCCUCUGCCUACAUCUGCGGCGACCCACGACUGGGCCCUUCCGUUCUACCUGCCGGGCUCCCUCUCGAAGGCAUCGCCGGCAUCGACAGCACAUAUCACCGCUUCGGAGGCCUCUGUCCGGGCGACUUUCUAGCUAAAUGGACCAAUGCAUCGACCGGCCAGUUCGUGUAUCCACCACACGACGGCUAUGCUCUUACUGCUGAAGGCGUGCCGGCCAUGUUUAACUACACACUCGAGCCCGGCACUUACCUCGAUCGUUUCGGUAGCGAGUACGGUGCUUACAUGUCUCCGGCUGGGGCAGCAUAUGCACAGCGGUCUUUGCCUCCGACCAAUCUCGCUGCGGCUCCGGGUGCAAUGUAUCCGUACAAUUACAGAGUAUACACCGUGGCGAAGAACCUGACCGUGCAAGGCGGUGCUAUCGCUGGUUGGUUUGGACAGCAGGGGCUGGGGCUGCAAUUCUUGAUGCCAAAGAACAUCAUGACGCUUGUCAACGAAGGGUAUUUGAACCGCGUGAAUCUGACAGCGGAUCCAAAUUGGUAGGAUAGACGGCAUGCGCUGGUUCCAUCUGGGUGGAAAUGAUGAGCUGGACGUCCUCAGCAUGCCAUCAACUGUGCUGAUACGGCGACACUUCAGGAUCCAUCCGAUGGACACUUGACGCGUGUGCUGCAACUUGGAUGAAGAUCACAGGUUGCUUGUAGGACUCACGGACAUGGAGACAAGCGUAGUCAUGAUUGCAUCGCGAAUGUCGAUGAAGUACGACUUCUGACGACAAUGAAUAAUAAUGAAUGAACAUUAAUUGAAUCAGCUUUCGGAAACCCCUCACGAUUAGUCAUGAGUUCAUAUCAUUGCCAAAUCUAUACAGCGCA